UCCAGACUUGGAUCUGGACUCAAUCGCAAGUGGGAAAAUUCCCUGAUUCUCUGCAAGCCUCAGUAUCCCAAAUGGAGCCAAAGGCCAUCCACAUCCGUCAGACUAGGACUAUCAUCUCGAUCUUGCCCCAUGAUUGGGGCCGGGGUAACUUCCUCAUGAUGACGUCCAUUCGCUGGUAUCUCUUCCAUGGAAACGUCCCUGGAUACGAAACAGAGGGCUCGGAUGGCGUGUGAUGGUGAAUGUGGAAGAUGAACGAAACGACGUCAUCGAGUGGUUUCUAUGGGAGUCAAAUGUUAUAUAAAGUCCUCUUCAUCAACCUUCUCAAAUUUUUUUCUCCAUCAACCAACAAUCUCACGCAAUCAACUAAACUUCUCAACUCUCUACUACAACUUCUUUCGAGAACAACUUCCGUUCAAACAACAAUCAAUCAACAUGUCUGACGCCGGUCGCAAGGAUUUCUCUACCAAGGCCAAGGAGGAGAUCACUCCUGACUCCACCAAGUCCACCCAGGACAAGGUCAAGGAGACCUUCACCGACACCACUGAUCGCCUUGCUCGUGGCACCCAGUCCGACCAGUCCAAGUCCACCACUCAGGAGGCUUUCGACAAGACCCAGCGCUCCCACGACAACACCGCCCACGGUGGUGCUUCCCAGUCCAUUGGUGACAAGAUCAAGAACGCUGUCGGCCUCGGCGACAACUAAAUCGGUUUCAUAAUACCCAAGUACAACUGUAACAUGGGUUGCAGCGGACUUUCGGUUUUCAUCUUGUGAAUCAUUGCCGGAGGAACACUGGCGGCUAUGGGCAGAUUGUUCUUAUGAUUUUCAUGAGUUGACGAUACCAAGCCUUUGACUGUACUACUCUCACUAGGUUUAAUACAACAUUCAACAGA